AUGGGAAACCAAGCGUCUAAAGAGGGGGGGAGCAAAGGCUCGGGCGCAUCUUCCGGAGACCGCGCCGAAAACUUGCAAACGUAUCCCUCCUUUGGAAAAUCGGAGACCAAGGAUUCUAGCCGCUCAUUUAAGAAUCUCCGAUCAAAAAUUCCUGGAAGCGGGAAGACGGAUAGUCCACGAAGCUCGGCGAUCAUAUCUAACGGAGAUGCUGUCGGAGACAAAUCGGACGCGGCGUCUGUAAAAUCUGCGCGGAGCAGUAAAUCGAGGACUAGCCGUGCUGACUCAGUCGCUUCCCCAUCAUCCCCGCGAUCGCCAGACGCAAGUAACUCGUACCUAGAUGAUAACCAACCACCUCCUUCUCCAGUCCAGUCUGCUUCCAUUAGAGCUGGUCAUGGCGACAUAGACGCUGCCCAGGCUUCUGGCGAGGUGGACCACGUCUCCGAUCAGCCGCCCACCGGGACCGGGAGCCCGAAUCCCCAUAUACAGCAGCAACCUGGAGCGCCUAUCUUGGUCAAAAAGGAGAAUACUAUCAACCCUAUUAUAUCUGUGCCGGGAACACCCUCCAAGGAUGAUUCGCCUGCCGGAGUCGCUAUGAGCGAAAUCAAGGAUAUCGACCUCGAUGAUUUUAUCAAGCGGCUGCUGGACGCGGCAUAUGCUGGGAAGGUAACAAAGAGCGUGUGCCUCAAGAAUGCCGAGAUUGUUGCUAUCUGCCAGAGGGCGCGAGAAUGUUUCCUAUCCCAACCCGCGCUGCUGGAGCUUGAUGCGCCUGUCAAGAUUGUCGGCGACGUCCACGGCCAGUAUACCGACUUGAUCAGAAUGUUCGAGAUGUGCGGAUUUCCGCCGAGUGCGAACUACCUUUUCCUUGGAGACUAUGUCGAUAGGGGCAAGCAAUCCUUGGAAACGAUCCUACUUCUGCUGUGCUACAAGCUCAAGUAUCCCGAGAACUUCUUCCUCUUAAGGGGGAACCACGAAUGUGCCAACGUUACGAGGGUCUACGGGUUUUACGACGAAUGCAAGCGAAGGUGCAACAUUAAGAUAUGGAAGACGUUCAUUGAUUGCUUCAACACGCUGCCGAUCGCCGCCAUCGUCGCGGGAAAGAUAUUCUGCGUUCACGGUGGGCUGUCUCCGGCCUUAAGCCAUAUGGAUGAUAUCCGUAACAUUGCUCGUCCUACCGACGUCCCUGAUUACGGUCUCCUCAACGACUUACUAUGGUCCGAUCCAGCCGAUAUGGAAGCAGACUGGGAGGCAAAUGAGAGAGGUGUCAGCUACUGUUUUGGAAAGAGGGUUAUUACCGAUUUCCUAGCUACCCACGACUUCGAUCUCGUCUGUCGAGCGCAUAUGGUCGUCGAGGACGGCUACGAAUUUUUUAACGAUAGGGUUUUGGUUACUGUUUUUAGCGCACCCAACUAUUGCGGCGAAUUUGAUAAUUGGGGAGCUGUCAUGUCUGUCUCUGCGGAACUUUUGUGCAGUUUCGAACUUUUGAAACCGCUCGAUUCUUCUGCGCUUAAGAGUCAUAUCAAGAAAGGUCGAAACAAGCGGAACAAUAUGCUAAACAGUCCGCCGGCCGCCGUAUACCCCCAGAGCGUAUAA